GUGUCAGUCUCUGCAGGAGUUUGCAGAGACUGUCUGUCUGCAUCCUGAUGUGAAGGGAUUUGUGGCCUGACUGGGCAAAGUUGUUUUUAUGCUCGUGAAGUUUCCAAGCAUUUCAAUACUUUGAAAAGUUGAAGAAUUCCUUCCAGCGCGUUGUUCCUGGAAGAAGCGAUGCCACACCACAGAGUUCCUCACCUGGUCCUGCUGGCACUCACUGGAGUCCUGGUCCCUGCUGUGCUAACAGCAGAGCACCCACAGGGGCCAGUCCCCACACUGUGGAACGAGCCGCCGGAGCUACCUUCAGGAGCAGGCCCCUUUGACACCACCACCGCAGCCCACGUCUCUGACUCCACAGGCUUCCCCCCUUACACCUCGGAGUAUGAGCCCGAGGACACAACCCACCUCCACCGGCUGGAUGAUGGGAAUGGCCUCUCUGAUCAUGAUCGCCCACCCCCUUGUGUAUGCAGUGACCCGGGCCAGGACUGGUGCUCUGCGGGCACCAUCAGGCUGCCUCCCUGGACUUGAGUGUUGGUGACUGCAUGCACAGGACACUGGCAGCUCUGCACUUGGUUCUGGGGAACAAACACCCCUGUCCCUCACACAGCCUCGCUCGGAGGCAAAUGGGUGUGUUCGGCUCUGAGCGCCUGCCAGCCCUGCAGGUCAUCCGCAGCCUGUUCUGUGCUUUCUCUUUUUCUGUCC